GCAGCAUUGUGUGUCGCAGCCCUGGGGCUGAUCAUGGCAGUUCUUCUUAUGCGCACCGUAACAAGUCGAACGGGAGCGACAGAAAAGUCCGUCAUGCUUAAGCAAGUUCGCCCGCAGUUUCACCCCGAGGACAAGGCGUCGUAUCGGAACCUGCGAGCGCCGAGGGGAGUGAAGACUGAGAGCUUGAAGCGGCUCGAGAAGACGCUCGACCAUAUCGUGUACGCCAAGAAAUCGCCAGCCAUGUACUCCAUGCUGGCCCGCCACCUCGUGCAACACCUGCGACACGGACAAUCAUUGUCAGAGGGAGAGAACCAUCCUCACUACGGGUAUCCCUUCGGAUACGAUCAGACGUCAGGGUGGCACCAGGAAAUCGAGUCCUACGACCCCUCACAGGAUGGUUGUGACUGCAGCAUCGACGAGGGCGAGCGCUACCUGGAAUGCUCGUGCGGAAGUGCCUGGGGAGCGCUCACGUUGAUGGAUAGGGGAUGUUAUGGCUGUUGCAACUACUACUGCUGCAACACGUGCCAGUGCUACACCAGCGGCAGCAAUGGCAUGGGAGCGACGACAUGCCACUGCCCGCUGCUCAACUCGUGGGAGUACGAUCACUCCUCCUGCACAUCAUGGUGGACUCACAAUGCUGGUCCUCUCGAUCCUGGCGGUUAUGGAGGGAUCACUGAGUUCGAAGAUCAGCCGGGCAAUCUGGUAGCGUGAGGGUUGGGUCAAAGUCGUGUGUACGUGUAUGGUCAACGGAGUAAAAGCCAACUCCAGCUG